AUGUCAUUCGGCUUGAAGAAUGCCGACGCCACCUUCCAACGCUGUAUGCAGAAAUGCCUGCUGCCACAACUCGGCCGCAACAUCCACGUCUACGUGGACGACAUCAUGGUGACGACCAAGCAGCACGUCAUGCUCCUCGACGACCUAAAGGAAACCUUUGCCAAUCUGCACGAGUACCAGAUCAAGCUCAACCCGGAGAAGUGCGUCUUUGGCAUGCCGGCCGGAAAGCUACUCGGCUUCCUCGUCUCGGAGCAUGGCAUUGAUGCGAACCCAGAGAAGAUCAACCAGCUGGGCGAGAGGGCCUUGCCCCUGUAUCAGCCGAUGAAGAAGUCAACGCUGUUCGAGUGGAAUGACCAGGCAGACGAAGCCUUCCGGGAUCUCAAGCGCAUACUCUCCACCGCACCCGUCCUGGCCGCACCGACCGAGAAGGAGCCGCUGUUGCUCUACAUUGCCGCCACCUCGCAAUCGGUCAGCAUGAUGGUGGUCGAGCGACCAGAGAAGGGCAAGAUCCAGUCUGUCCGGCGCCCAGUUUACUACCUGAGCGAGGUUCUUUCCGCCUCCAAGCAGAACUACCCGCACUACCAGAAGAUGUGUUAUGACGUGUAUUUUACCGCCAAGAAGUUGAAGCAGUAUUUCGAAGAGCAUGUUGUUACCGUGGUCAGCACGGCCCCCAUCGGCGAGAUCAUAGGUUGCCGGGACGCCUUUGACCGGUAUCUGCCGCCGCCGCCGGAUUCAACGCACUGGCGCAUGGACUUCGACGGCUCCAAGAUUCACUCUGGCUUGGGAGCCGGCAUCGUGCUGUCUUCCCCGAAGGGCGACCGGCUCCAGUACAUGCUCCAGAUCCACUUCGCCGCCUCCAACAAAUGCUCCGGCGAGUGGGACACGCGCGACGCCAACAUGGCCAGCUACCGCUUCCUCGUCCAGCAGCUAUCCGUCUUCUUCGACAGCUGCGAGUUCCUCCAUGUCCCGUGCGUAGAAAGCGAAGCUGCCGAUGCACUAGCCAAGAUUGGCUCAUCCCGGCAGGCCAUUCAGUCCGGCGUCUCCCUCGAGCACCUGCACAAGCCAUCCGUCAAGCCGUCACCGGAAUCCGAAUCCAUCUUCAUCCCCGACGACCCGGCCACAUCCCUUCCCCGCCUGGGGACUGUCGAUCCCGGCUCGGGGGCUGCCGAAUCCAACCCGGGGACUGCUGAACUCGGCCCAGGGGCUGCCGUGCUCGACUCGGCCGCCGUCAUCCCCAACCCGGAGGGUGCCGCCUCCGGCUCGGGGGCUGCCACCACAGAACCCGCCAUGGUGGCCGUCUUCGCCGUGGUGACGGCCCCAUCAUGGGCCCUGCCCAUCUCAGAGUUCCUGGAGAACAGGGUUCUCCCCAUGGACGAGACCGAGGCUCGGCAAGUGCAGCGCCAGGCGUUCGCCUACAGCAUCAUCAACAACGAACUCGUCAAGCGCAGUUCGAAGACGGGCGUCUUCCAGUGCUACGUUGAGCAGGACAAGGGCAUAGAGAUCCUCCUCGACAUUCACCAAGGCGAGUGCGGGAACCAUGCCGCGUCGAGGUCCCUGGUGGCCAAGGCUUUCCGCCAUGGUUUCUACUGGCCUACGAUCCUCCCAGACGCCGAGUCGCUCAUCCUCAGGUGUGAGGGAUUCCAGUGCUUCAGCAAGCGCAGCCACUAG